AUAUAUAUAGAUAAAUAAUCACAUAUAAAAAUGGCGGGAAGGGGUGUUUUAGUUCAAAAUUUAGGUAAUUCGGUUAAGAAAAUAUCAGAUGCCAAAUCCUCAAGCUGGUGGUACAACCAUCACAUGCGUGCCGCAUCUCGUGCCAUUUUUCAUCGAAUCCCUCUUGUCGAUAUUGUCCUCGAAGUCCGAGACGCAAGGAUGCCGAUAUCAUCUGAAUAUGGACAGUUGAGAUACUUUCCGUCUUCGUCAAGGAACAUUAUUGUGCUGAACAAAAUGGAUCUUGCUGAUCACUCGAAAACUAAGGAAUGGAUGACUUACUUUAUGGAGCAAAAUUACAUACCUUAUGCUAUCAAUUCACAUAACAAGGACAAUAUCAAGGAGUUUCUAAACUUCAUUCAAGCGAGAGUUAGAGACAUAAGAAGAGCCACACAUUCUAGUAACACUCUGACAACUACUGUUCUACUCGUUGGAAUUCCAAAUGUGGGAAAAUCUGCUUUGGCAAAUUCCUUGCAUCAAAUAGGCCGAAUUAGCGCUGCAGAGAAAGGAAAGUUAAAACAUGCCAUUGUUAGUCCACAUCCGGGGGAGACAAAAAAUAUCACUGGCUUAAAGAUUGGAAGCAAUCCUAAUAUAUAUAUCUUGGACACGCCUGGAAUUUUGCCUCCCGAGAUUGUCGAUGCUGAACUUGCUUCUAAAUUUGCUUUAACUGGAGCUAUUUCUGAUCAUCUAAUUGACCAAUUAGAUCUUGCUCGGUACUUUCUCUCUAUACUCAAUUCCAGUAAUGAAUACCAGAAAUGGGCUAAGUUUUCCACCAUAAAUGAUUAUAUGCCCGAGUUAGACAAAAGAGACAACCAAGUUAUGAAUGAUCAUACACAGGAUUUUGUGGUGGAAGCUGUUCGCCGAGCUCUCUUUUUGAACGGAUCAGCUUUCAAAGGUAAAAUAGAAGAUGAGAAGGAUAUGGAAGAAUUGAUUGAAACACAGUUUUCAACAAUGCGAAAAGUUUUCAAUUUGACUUCAGAUUCAUGUAGAGAUGCUGAUAGCAUAGUUGCAGCCAAGCUUAUUAAUCUGUAUCGUACUGGUAGACUUGGCCAUUAUACUUUAGAUAGCCUACCAAGGACUACUAGAUCCUAAUAUAUAAUGAUAAGUUGGAACAUUAUUUUUGUGCUAAAAGAUUGCUUAGCAUUGCAAUGAUUGUUCACCAUUAUUGUUCUACAAAUGAAGACUUGACAUAUGUGCUUAAGUACUCAUUUGUAGUU